AGGAGAAGGAUAGGGAGCUACAGGAGAAGGAUAGCGAGCUACAGGAGAAGGAGCUACAGGAGAAGGAUAGGGAGCUAUACAGGAGAAGGAGCUACAUCAUGCAGGAGAAGGAUAGGGAGUUACAGGAGAAGGAGCUACAGAAGAAAGAUAGGGAGCUAUGGGUGAAGGAUAGGGAGCUACAGGUGAAGGAUAAGGAGCUACAGGAGAAGGAUAGGGAGUUAUGUCAGUCUCAAGAGGCAGUUCGUAGGUACCAGCAACAAGCACUUACUGAUGAUCACUGGGUUAUUGAUAAAGAUGAAGUGACUUUGACAAAGGAGGAGUUAGGAAGAGGGUCUUAUGCUGUCGUUACAGUUGGUAUCUUUAGAGGUUUAAGAGUAGCUGUCAAGUCACUUCAUACUGUCGUCAUCUCAGAUUAUAAUCAAGAUCUUUUGUUCAAAGAAAUGAGUAUAGUAUCACGAGUACGUCAUCCUAACCUGGUCCAGUUUAUUGGUGCAACUAAAGUGGGUAAUCCUCUCAUCUUGACCGAGCUGAUGAGCACUAGUCUUAGUCAUGAGUUGAACCGAUUAACCAAACAACAGAUUCUGAGUAUUGCUCAAGAUGUAGCUUUAGGCCUCAACUACCUUCACCUGUUUAAGCCUCAGCCUAUUAUUCACAGAGAUGUCAGUAGUCCUAAUGUAUUAUUAAAGCCUUGCACUGGACCUGCUGGAUAUGAAGCUAAAGUAGCAGAUUAUUGUACAGCUAAAUUGCAACAAGGCACUAGUACUGUAGGCAAUCAAGCAUAUGCUGCACCAGAAGCUCGUGAUCCUGAUCGACACAGUCCAGCAAUGGAUGUCUACAGUUACUCUGUUCUCCUUAUAGAAAUGAAUUUAUGUUGUCAACCAGGUAUGACAAUAGUAGAGAGAGCACGGCAAUCUGGUAAAGUCUCCUGGUCUGAUAUGAAAUCUCUUAUACAAAGAGGACUUAAAGCUAAUCCUAGAGAACGUCAUAAUAUGGCUCAAGUAAUAGAGUCAUUGAAAUUUAUGCACAUUUAGUUAAUGUACUUUCCUGCUUUUUGUUUAUGUAGCCUGUGAUUGAAUGAUUAUACUGUUUUGACUAAUUGUUUUUCCUGUGUAUUUUUGUGGUAAAUUCUUUCACAUGUCAAUCCAAACUACAAA